AUGUUUAAGAUUAAGACCAAGAUCAUAGUAAAUAGACCAAUAGCUAUUAUACCCAAUCUAGCUAUACAUUUACAGACAUCUGAAGAAAGGAAUGCUGGAUUUAAGAUUAAUCCUGAGGAGCAUUUAAUGCCGGUAUUCUGUUCAUCAAAAUAUUACAAGUCCGCCGACCCCGAGCAUGAUAUCAUCAAUGAUGAUGUAAAUGGUAAUCAUAGAGCACUGAUGGAGCUCUUAGCUAAAGAAGCCAAGUGUUCGAUUGAAGAUAUUAUUGAUUUUGAUAUCUGUCUUAUGGAUGCAACACCAUCAUCCAUUAUUGGGGUAUAUGAUGAGUUUAUUAGUUCACCAAGAAUUGAUAAUUUAUUAUCAACUUGGGCUUGUAUGGAUGCUUUAUCAUCUCAUUCAGAUCACCUUAUUAAUGGUAAUGAUAUAUACAUUGCUGCUGCAUUUGAUCAUGAAGAAUGUGGAUCUACUUCCUAUACUGGUGCUAACUCAAUGACACUACAUACUUGGAUGAAGCGUAUAUUAUCAUCAUUAAAUAUAUCCGAUAAUUAUCUUCCAUCUAUCAUUGCUAGGUCUAUAUUGGUAUCAGCUGAUGGUGCUCAUGGUAUACAUCCUAAUUAUUCAAGUAAACAUCAAUCUGAACAUAAAGUAUAUCUACAUGAUGGUAUUGUUAUUAAAAAUAAUGCUAAUCAAAGAUAUGCUACUACACCUCUCACUGCAUCAAUGAUAAGGACAUUAUGCAGUAAAGAUGGUGGUCAUAAUAAUAAUAGUACUAUCCCAAUACAGGACUUUGUAGUACGUAACGAUUCCCCAUGUGGAUCUACUAUUGGACCAAUGAUGAGUGCUAAUCUUGGUAUUAGAACUAUUGAUUUAGGUGCACCACAAUGGGCUAUGCAUUCAUGCAGGGAGACGUGUAGUGUUGAUGAUGCUGGAUAUCUUGUGGAGUUAUGUGGAGCUAUUUAUGAUAAUUGGGCAGAUAUUGAUGAUAGUCUAGUUGAGGUGGUUGAAUAG